AUGUGUUCGUCUAAGUACAGCUUUGAUCAUCCAUCUAAAGUCAUCAUCACUUGGGAAGUUCCGUCUACUGAUUCUGGUUUUGAUAACCAGGCUUAUGCUCGCGGGUUAAAGUCUGUGUUGAAAUCGCAUCGUCAGAAUAUGGAUAACAAAGACAUGACUGAUUAUCGUUAUGUGACUCCAUACGUUUUCGUGGAUAUCACCAAAAAAAAAGAUAUUGAUUCUUCGUAUCAUAUAUCUAUUCUUGAUCACGAGCUUUUUAUCAAAGGAGGUUCUGAUCGUGUUAAUACGAGUGAUCAUGCUCAGAAGACUUUUCUAUGGGAUUUUGCGAGGAAUGUUUGGGUUAUGAAUAAAGAAUCUAAUGAAGAUAGUGACUCUGAUGAUACCGAGGUUUUAUCGGGUCGUGGUACUGAUGAUGAUUAUGGUUUUGAGGAUUAUAUGGGGUCUGAUUCAGAGACGGGUGAAGAUACUGAUGAUAUGGACCAAACAGAUGAAUAUGAUUCUGAGGAUGAUUUUAUUGACGAUGAUGAGUCUUGUGAAGAAUCUGAUGGUUCAAGUGAUAACUCAGAAGAUGAUAGCAGUGAUGACGAAGAUGAAGAUGGUGACGAUGCCGAUUCAACUGAUGAUAAUGAAAAUGAUGAUGAAGAUGUUAUGUUGGAUGAUGAGACUGAUAUUGACGAUGAUAGUGAAGAUCAGCGAAGCGUCGAACUGAGUGAUAUACUCAUCGAAAAGAAUAUUAGUAUAUCUGGACACCAGGAUUCGGUUUUACAAACCUGGGUGCAUAUGCUAAUUUCGAAACGUUCUUCCAUGGAGCUCAUAUUGUCGGAUGAACAGGGUGUAAAGAUUCAGGCCACUGUUAGUGAUGGUGAGAUCAGUGUUGCAUCGUCUCGCAUAGAUGUUGGCAAAAUCACUAUAUCUUCCACAUCUCCUACUAAGUUCGAACUCAAUCCCCGUAUUCCUGAGUUAGAUGAGUUUUUGGAACAAGAUAAGAUGAAUGGAAGAAGCGGUGAUUCCGACGCUGGAGCUUCAAAAACUGGUGGAUCUAUGGUUGUAGAGAAGUUCAAAUCGCCAAAGGUUUGCUGCAUCGAUCUAUGGUGCUUGUCUACGCUUGGAAGCUUGCGGAAUGCAUCAAGUGAAGAACUCUAA